AUGACACCGGCAUGGCGCUCUGUGUCGCGCCUCACUCCCAUGCGUGGCUUGUGCACGUCCGUCGUGCGGAUGCAAGACGUUCACAUGCCGCCAAAGGAUCUGCCUCGCGGCUCUGUUGUACCUGGCGACAAGGUCGACCCACAACUGGGCGACUACCCUGCAAUGCCGUUCCAGAACCAGCAGUUCCGCCCAUACAGUCGCCACUGGUGGGACACGCAGGACCGUCGGCAAUAUGGCGAGACUCUCCAUGAGCAAGACGAUGUGCUGAACAUGUGGUCCCCUGAUGCAUACAAGGUGCCAGGUCCCUUGGCUCUGCGCCACUUCCUUGCAGCUGUGGGCGUCAUAAGCUUGUUUUCUCUCCUUGUGUACAAGACAUCGUUUCAGCCCCCUAUGAUGCGCAAGACGUUCCCGCGUGAUGGCCUUGCUGCUGAACUUGGCGGUCCGCAGGCAGCGGUACGUGAACAUACUAUUUGCGUCAACACUCUUGAUGGAGUGUGA